GCUAGCGGCGGCGGCGGCUUGAGCUUCUCCCGGCGCCUCCGAUGUGGCAAGAGGCGAUGAUGAGGAGGAGGAGACGCCGCUACCUGCUGGAGCGGGCAGAGCAAGCGGGCGGCGGCUGCGGCGAGUCCCGCUCCCGGGACUGGCUGUACGAGUCCUACUACUGCAUGAGCCAGCAGCACCCGCUGCUUGUCUUCCUGCUCCUCAUCGUGAUGGGCGCCUGCCUGGCGCUGCUCGCUGUCUUCUUCGCCUCGGGACUGGAAAUAGAAGACCAUGUGGCAUUUUUAAUAACUGUUCCAACAGCCCUAGCAAUUUUUUUUGCUAUAUUUAUCCUUGUCUGCGUAGAACCUGUAUUUAAGAAGCUGCUUCGUGUAUUUUCUCUGGUGGUCUGGGUAUGUCUUGUUGCCAUGGGAUAUCUCUUUAUGUGUUUUGGCGGAGUCAUCUGUCCCUGGGACCAGGUAUCAUUUUUCCUGUUCAUUAUUUUUGUGGUUUAUACCAUGCUGCCCUUCAACAUGAGAGAUGCUAUAGUUGCCAGUGUCUUGACCUCUGCAUCUCAUACCAUUGUGCUGAGCGUGUGUCUAUCAAGUACAGCUGUGGUAAAGGAGCACUUGGUCUGGCAGGUACUGGCAAAUGUAAUCAUUUUUAUCUGCGGAAACUUGGCAGGAGCAUACCACAAACAUCUCAUGGAGCUUGCGCUGCAGCAGACCUAUCAGGACACAUGCAACUGCAUCAAAUCCCGUAUCAAGUUAGAAUUUGAGAAGCGACAGCAGGAGCGCCUCCUGCUUUCUCUACUGCCUGCUCACAUUGCCAUGGAAAUGAAAGCAGAGAUCAUUCAGCGGCUGCAAGGUCCCAAGGCAGGCCAGCUGGAAAAUACCAACAACUUCCACAAUUUGUAUGUCAAAAGGCACACCAAUGUAAGCAUUUUGUACGCCGAUAUUGUGGGAUUCACUCGCCUGGCCAGUGACUGCUCCCCAGGGGAACUGGUGCACAUGCUAAAUGAGCUGUUUGGCAAAUUUGAUCAGAUUGCAAAGGAAAAUGAAUGUAUGAGAAUUAAAAUUCUAGGUGACUGCUAUUACUGCGUGUCUGGACUUCCUAUAUCUCUUCAAAAUCAUGCCAAGAACUGUGUGAAAAUGGGAUUGGACAUGUGUGAAGCCAUUAAGAAAGUGAGAGAUGCCACUGGAGUUGAUAUCAAUAUGCGUGUGGGAGUGCACUCUGGGAAUGUCCUCUGUGGUGUUAUUGGGCUACAGAAGUGGCAGUAUGAUGUGUGGUCACAUGAUGUUACCUUGGCAAAUCACAUGGAAGCUGGCGGAGUCCCAGGACGCGUCCACAUCACUUCAGUCACCUUGGCACAUCUGAAUGGUGCUUACAAAGUGGAAGAUGGGGAUGGAGAUGUGAGGGACCCAUAUCUGAAAGAGCAUAAUGUUAAGACCUACUUUGUAAUCAACCCUAAGGGGGAAAAGCGAAGUCCUCAACACCACAUCAGACCUCGGCAUACUCUUGAUGGAGCCAAAAUGAGAGCAUCUGUCCGCAUGACUCGGUACCUGGAAUCCUGGGGAGCAGCCAAGCCAUUUGCACACUUACACCACAGGGACAGCAUGACCACUGAAAACGGCAAGAUUAGCACAACAGAUGUUCCUAUGGGACAAUAUCAUUUUCAGCGUUGCAGAGAGAGAACAAAAUCACAGAAAAAAAGGUUUGAGGAGGAACUGAAUGAGAGGAUGAUUCAGGCCAUUGAUGGAAUCAAUGCUCAAAAGCAGUGGCUUAAAUCUGAAGACAUUCAAAGAAUAUCACUUCUUUUCUAUAAUAAAACUCUGGAAAAAGAGUAUCGAGCAACUACUCUGCCUGCAUUUAAGUAUUAUGUGACUUGUGCUUGUCUCAUAUUCUUCUGCAUUUUUGUCGUGCAGACUCUGGUAUUGCCGAAAACAUCAAUUCUUGGAAUUUCAUUUGGGGCAGCAUUCCUCUUGCUUUCCUUCAUCCUUUUUAUCUGCUUUGCUGGACAGCUUCUGCAAUGUAGCAAGAAAGCAUCAGCUUCACUAUUGUGGAUCCUGAAGUCAUCUGGAAUAAUUGCAAACCGUCCCUGGCCACGGAUUACUCUUACAUUGACAACCACUGCUAUAAUAUUAACUAUGGCUGUGUUUAACAUGUUUUUCCUGGAUAAUGCUGUGAAAGCUUUUCCACCAGUUCUUAAUUCAUCAAAUGCAAGUUUUCCUAAUUCAAGUGAUCAGGCACAGUGGUGUAUACAAAACAACUAUUUUUUCCUACCGUAUUUUAUAUACAGCUGUAUAUUAGGGCUGAUUUCCUGUUCCGUUUUCCUGAGGAUAAAUUAUGAGUUGAAAAUGGUGAUAAUGUUGAUUGCACUGGUGGGCUACAAUGUUAUCCUUCUGCACACUCAUGGAUCCAUGCUGGAUGAUUACAGCAAAUUUAUGUAUGCAAUGGCACAUCUAAAAAGGCCAGGAAUACUGAAAGACCUGAAGACAAUGGGCUCAAUUUCUCUGUUUAUAUUCUUUGUCACAUUGCUGGUUUUGGGUAGACAGAAUGAAUAUUACUGUAGGUUAGACUUCUUGUGGAAGAACAAGUUCAAAAAAGAGCGAGAGGAAAUUGAAACCAUGGAGAAUCUUAAUCGGGUGCUGCUGGAGAACGUGCUUCCAGCCCACGUAGCUGAACACUUCCUGGCAAGAAACCUGAAGAAUGAGGAUCUAUAUCAUCAGUCAUAUGACUGUGUCUGUGUCAUGUUUGCCUCUAUACCGGAUUUCAAAGAAUUUUACACAGAAUCUGAUGUAAAUAAGGAAGGCUUGGAAUGUCUCAGGCUGCUAAAUGAAAUCAUUGCUGACUUUGACGAUUUAUUGUCUAAGCCAAAGUUCAGUGGAGUUGAAAAGAUAAAGACCAUUGGAAGCACUUACAUGGCAGCAACAGGACUGAGUGCAACACCCAACCAAGAACAGUGUCAGGAACCUGAACGACAGUAUAUGCACAUAGGAACCAUGGUGGAGUUUGCAUUUGCUUUAGUUGCGAAACUGGAUGUCAUAAACAAGCAUUCAUUCAAUGAUUUCAAGUUACGAGUGGGUAUUAAUCAUGGACCUGUAAUAGCUGGAGUAAUUGGAGCUCAAAAACCACAAUAUGAUAUCUGGGGCAAUACAGUAAAUGUGGCCAGCAGGAUGGACAGCACUGGUGUCUUAGAUAAAAUACAGGUUACAGAGGAGACAAACAAUGUCCUACAAAUGCUGGGGUACAUGAGCACUUGUAGAGGAAUAAUAAAUGUAAAAGGAAAAGGAGAACUGAAGACAUACUUUGUACACACGGAAAUGACAAGGUCCCUUUCACAAGGGAACGUGGCAUCCUGAAGAAUGUUUGUAGGUGUCAUCGAUACUGUAUUUUUAGGAAAGUGUCACACACUUUUUAACUACAUUAUGGCCCUUAACAUGCGUGCUAUAUUCUGGUAUGUGGCACUUAUUUUAAUAUGGCUGCACAAUAGUCCCAUGAUCCAUCAUUUGACAUUCCUAUAUUCGAGGACAGUUGUGUAGCAUGCUACAAGACUGGAAGAUUGUACUGCAACUUGCACUGUUAUAUGAAGACAAGAAAAGAAGGAACAGAAAUUGGAGGUAACUCAUCCUGAAAGGACCAAAAAGAGAUGUUAGUGGCAAAUGGUAGGAAAAAAAGGCAAUAAAGCUAGGGGUGCAUACCAUUUUCUGAUGCAUGAUGUUUUCUGGAAAAUAUGGUAGCUCCCCAAUAGCAUCAACUAAUCUGAUAUUAAAAUAUACAGUAUUUGUAAAUAAGUUUACUCUGUCCACACAUGAUUUGGAUGUGAUCACCAGUUGCAUCUCAUAGCCAGGGACACGUUAGGUGGCUUGCUGGCAUCCUUUCUGGAGAGAGAACUAACAAUGCUGGAACAGUUUUGUACAAACGUGUCAAAUGUUUUGAAGCUAUUGUCUUUUGUAAGGUUAAUUCAUUAAAAGUUUAUAUGUACUUUGUCUUACUGUUGCUGUCUCUUAGUUUUGCUUCCUUCCCAUGGCUUCUCUUACUCUCAACUUGUGUGUUUCCUCCUGCUGCUGCUGCUGCUUUUUAUUCAGCAGUUAGAUGCUGAGGCAGGCUGUGGCCAGCUGUUUCAGUAGCCUACGUCAUUAAUAUCGGCUAGGCUUGCAGUGGCUUUUCAGAAAUUGAAUCAACACUGUUGUCUUCAGUCAUGGCUAAUAUCUAGGCACUUUGUAGCCAUUUGCUCCCUGGGUGAUGCGGAAGGCUUAACCUCAAAUCCAUGAAUACAAGCAAAGUGGUGGAUGCUGUUGCUACUUUGCGACAUGCCUGCAGUGCUCAAACAGUAACUAGGAAAAGCUGUAGGAGAGAAUGGGAGUUUUUUUCUCUUUUGCACUUCCUCUUUUGCCCUUGCAUGUCUUUCACUUACCGUUAUAAUGCUGAAUUUCAUGGGAUGUUUAAAACAAUCUAACAUACCAAAACAUAAUUAUAAGUGGUAGAGACAAAAAUGCUAGAUGCUAGAUAAUUAAAAUCUCAUUGGAUUAAAAACUAUCAUAUUUGCAGACUUUAGUAGAGGAGGCUAGGUGAAACGCUUAAAAGCAUGUAAUUGUACUAUCCAUGCACCUUUAAAGGCCUCUGUAAAGAUUAUUUUUGCUUUGCUAUUAUCAGCACUUGGACUUAACAUAUUCUUUUAGUCAUCAUAACAGUCUAACAAGAACAAAAUUAAUAAAAUCUUCCUAUUUCAAAAAUAACAUAAAGUACAAGAAAUUUUUCUGGCUGAUACCUCAUGAAUAUAGCUGCCAAGUUACGCACUGUUAGGUCUAGUGUGUUACUGAAACAUAAAAAGAAAGGUAUUCACAGAACAAUCUUUCAGAUUCCUCAUUCAUUAACCAUGUAUUUACAUUUGUAUUUCAUUGUUGUCCCUUGAAAAGGAGUUCUCAAAAUUGUGGGUCACAAAUAAAUGGCAUCUGGCACAGUCUUAGUGAGUGUGGCACGGGGUCAUUUAUGGCAGCCAGCUGUCCACUGGCAAACUGGAAUGACAGCAAAUUUAUAAAUGUCAGUAUCAGCAGUAAAAUAGACUAUCUAAAUCUGGACCACUUUUAGUUAGUCUGAAGCCAAAUGCAAGUUAUUUCAGAUGUUCAACAUAAUUUGACAUCUCACCCAAAGUUGGAAAUGUUUGAUCAGUAACUUUCAAAAUAGGCUAAUAAAGUUCUCAUUAAAAAAAAAUAGGUUGUUGUCCUUAUCAUUCUUUUGUUUUAAUUAAUAAGUUAACAAAUAUUUUCCAUUUGAAUGAAAAAAAUUCCAAGUGGCUCACUGAUCAGUAAGAAAUAAUUUCCCAGUCACUUCCUAAAACAAGCUAUCGGGUAGCUAUGCUUAAGAUUUCUCCAAAAUCCCUCCCCUCUACUUAUUACAAAUUUUACAUACGCACACACUCUUGUUUACACAAAAAAUAUUAUCUUUCUUAGACCUUGAAUGUAUUCUCAACCCUUUAAAUCAUAUUAGUAUUACCAUAAGUCAAAGUAAUCAUUUCCAAUUGUGGAUGAAAAUCCUUUUUAUAAAGUUGACUAUAUUGUACUGUGUGCAGCUUCAGAUAUAACCUGUAUAUUCAAGGUUGUGCUUUUCAUCUGUAUUCUUGCACAUUUUGUGAAUCUGUAGCAAACCUCAUACCUAACUCGAUAGACUUGCUUCUAUGAUAUUUAUAAAAAUU